CAACCCCAGGAAUUUACCAUGAACCUACUUGCAAAUACCCUCAUACCUCUCAUGAGCUUGGGAUUGAAAGCUCACAGUUUAAAUGAUCGGGGCAUGGCCUAUGGAUUCGAUAGUAUUGAACCAUCAGCCGACCUCACAUGGACGCCAUGUUUCGACACCUUUAAUUGCUCUAGACUGGAAGUUCCCUUGGAUUAUUCAAACAGAAGCCUUGGCACGACAUCCGUUGGCUUUAUCAAGUUGACUGGCAAAAAUGCCACCGUCGAGUCUCCUAGCAUUGUACUCAUUCCCGGCGGUCCCGGUGGUUCUGGUAUCAACCUACUCCUCACAUACCAGAAUAUCAUUGGUCAGAUGUUUGGAGAACAGUACAACUUCGUCUCCUUUGACCCUCGUGGUGUGAACAACAGUGGUUUGCAUCUCGAUUGUUUCUCGGGAGACGCAAAGGCAAGGUCCGCUUUCUAUCAACUGCAUAGAACAGGCGUCACCAAUAUCUCAUCAAUAUCGCUUGAGGAACAGUACUAUUCAAGCUCUAUCUAUGGCGAUUGGUGCAACCAUGCCGUCGAGAACAAUUCAUCCCAUUCAUAUUAUGUGACUACGCCAGCAGUUGCCCAUGAUUUGCUCGCGUUUACUGAGGCUGAGGCUGAAAUGGCCGGUAAACCACCAUCAACUGCCAAAUUGUGGUGCUAUGGCGUCAGUUACGGCACUGUUAUCGGCAGCACUUUCGCUUCUAUGUUCCCAAACCGUGUCGGGAGAAUGAUACUCGACGGUGUUUUAAAUGCAGAUCAAUAUUAUAGUAACUAUUGGACGGACAAUGUUGAUCAAAUGGACGAGGCCAUGGAAACAUUCUCAACCUUCUGCCAUUCCGCAGGGCCUGAAAAGUGCUCAUUUUGGGGACCCGCGCCAGCAAAUAUCACGGCAAGAAUGGAUGGCAUCAUCCGUGACCUUCAGAACCGUCCAGUCCUGCUAAGCAGAGUUGGAGGUUCAAACCUGCCGACAAUGGUCACCUAUUCAGACCUGAAGAGUCUAUUUCUCAAUACACUCUACAGUCCACUGGCAAGCUUUCCAAGCAUGGCUGACAUCUUAUACCAGGCUGAGCGCGGGAAUGUAUCUGCUCUUGCAAGCACGUUUGACCAGUCAAACUCUAUAACCGAUGCCCGGCUCGCCAUUACAUGCACAGAUUCAUAUCGAAGAAACAGACUUACUACCAUUGAAGAGUUCAAGACUUGGGUGGGGUACACGAUUUCCAAGAGCAAGUACAUCGGUGAUAUCUACCCUAUGUUGCUUGAAGGUAUUUUAUGCCGAUCAUUCCGCCCGCAGUUGCCUGAUAGCAUGGUAUUCCAAGGUAGGCAAGACUCCUUCUAUCUUUUCUUUUCGGCAUUCUAUGAACAUCGUCUUUGGCUUGACACAGACGAAACAAGUGGACUCAAUACGCCUACUUCCUUCCCAAUUCUCUUUGCGAGUAAUACCAUCGACCCUAUUACGCCGCUAGUAUCGGCGCACAAGAUGUCAUCUCGGUUUGCCGGAUCAGUACUUUUAAUGCAAGAAGCCGUUGGUCAUACGGUCAUCAACCAGGGUGGGUCAAACUGUUACUUUGGACAUGUUCAGGCAUACUUCCAAGGCACAGUUAUCUCGUCCAACAUCACCUGCCCACGACAGUAUAUUCCUUUCAAAGAUACUUCUCCUUUUUAA